GUUCAUAGAUUAGCCCCCUAUAAAGGAUAACAAACUUUUACACAGAUUCAAUACCGGUGUAUUGGAAUGUAUUUGUUCUGAUGUUAGUACCCAGAUCACAAUCUCUUUUAUGUUCUAUCUAAUUGUGAUUGUCAUGAUUAAAUGGCAGGUGGCACGGCAAAAGAUGCCACAUUUGUAUUUUUUUAAUUAGAUUUCAUUUAAUUGUAUUGCUCGGAAUUCACAUUGGUCGUAGUGAUAUAGAUGGCUCGAUUCAUAUCCAGACAUCCAGUUCUGUCCUCAUUCGGGUAAACUUGCAUAAAAUUCAACUACUAUAUGUACAGUUUUAACUCUGAUCACCGCUAUUUUUUUUCUCUUUAGAGGCAAACCCCCUUAUGUAAUUUUUGGUGCUGCUCAUGUGAGAUGUAUUUCCUGUCUGAUCGACCAGGGCAUGGAUUAUUCACAAUAAUCCUCGGCUUAUUGAAGUAACUGGAGAGAGUAUUCGGUCACAGUUUAUUUGUGGCGGCAGCCUCAAACCAGAUAUCUGCAACCUGAUGAUGCGCCUGUUCCAGGAGCUGGAUGACAAGAUUUAUUUAAACAGUGGGCCAAGGCUGCGCCACUUCUUGCCAGCUGACUGGGCUACACAGGCCCUGGAGCAUGGAAGCAACCUGAUCACUGAAUCAUCACCAGUAGUUCGAUCCAUGUUCUCUGGUCCGCACAUCGUUUACAAUGUGAAGCUUUGCAGAUUGGUUAUCGCGCCAGUGCAAUGUCGGAAGGGCGAGUGGUCAUGUUACGUGUGGGAUUUCAAGGAGAAAAGACUCAACAUCCUGGAUCCGUUGAUUAAUCAGGGUGGUAGUAACAAGCAGGAUGCACAAAACAGGCAUGACUCUAUCAAGCAUGUUCUCCUUGGAGCUCUCAUUGCCUGCAGAUCGAAGUACUGCAGCUCAUCACACGGAUAUGAUACGGAUUACCAAGAAUCCAGCUCCAACGAGUGGUCUGUCAUCUUUCUUCAAGGUCUUGGAGGGAAACAUGUAAUCAGGAGUUAUAAAUCAGGAAUAUACAUGCUCCACUUCGCAAGAGAAUUCGACGGCACAAAGCUGGAGUCAGUUGGCAAGAUUGACGAGCUAUGGAGGGGCCUCUUGUAUAAGCUUCUCACCAUGGGCAGCAACACCGGCCGCCUUCCGCCAACCUUACCUAUACAAGAUCGACCCAACCGCCUUGAGUAGAGAACUAGAGAUCCUUAGGCCUUGGGGCCAGUACUGAUGAACGUACGAAAUAGCAGGUACCUAGGAAAAAAUGAAGAUGGUGAAUGUACAUCGAGUUGAUGACUUGAUGUUGGAUCUGUAUGAUGUGCAGUAUCUAUAUUUUGUGGUGACCGGACUUGGAAUAAUCAAAAACGAA